CUGAGCGAGGUGGCCGAGCACUGUGUCAUGGAGUUCCUGCCGGUCGUGCCCGACCGCUUGCGCGUCGAGGCCGUGUGCAGGCGCUGGCGGCGCCUGAGCCGGGAGCAGGUGCCUGUCACGGAGCUUGACUUCGGCCAAGUCGCUGUCCGGCCGCUGCUGAGACGCGACGUCAGCGCCAUGAUGGAGCGCGCCCAGCAACAGCUGACGCGGCUCGUGCUGCCCGACAUCACCCUGGUCGACGCGCACAUUGAGCUCAUAGUGCAGCAGCGGAACCUCCGCGUCUUCCGAGCGCACAGGUUUGUG